CAUGCAGACCAUUGUUGUGUGUGAGCUCACACAACCACCUUCGGAUGAUUUUAAAAGAUACACCAAAAAGAAGGUCUUUUGGAUUGAGCCUUUCAAAACAACAGAUAAAGGAUUACAUAUGGUGACCUCUGAUGAAAAAUCUCUAAUCGGAAAAGCUUUGAUCAUGCCGGAUAACAAGGUGAGAUGUUUAAGAGUACAGAAAAUUAGAUAUAUAUGGAACACUUCAGAAGGAAAUUUUCAACCAAUUGGGGUUCUAGAAGAUGAGUACUCAAGUUCAGAUAUACACAGGUUUGGUUCUGGUCUCACUGAAGAAGAGCAGGAAAUGCGAAAACAAGUAUGUGGACUGAACAUGAUUGAAGUAGAGGUUACUCCUAUUUGGAAGCUACUUUUCAAAGAGGUUUUGAACCCCUUUUACAUUUUCCAAGCUUUCUCUUUGAGUCUUUGGUUUGCCACUGGUUACACUGAGUAUGCUGCAGUCCUUGUUGCCAUAACUUUGCUUUCCAUUGCUGCCACUUUAUACCAAAUGAGGAUGCAAUCUGUUAAAUUGCACAAGAUGGUCUCAUCUACUAAUAGCAUGAAGGUUACCAUCCUUAACAAAAGUGGAGAUAUACAAGAAAUAGAAUCUCAGUUUUUGGUUCCUGGAGAUGUCCUGGUUUUAACAGGGAGGAAAUUAUAUUUACCUUGUGAUUCCAUAUUAAUAACAGGAAGCUGUGUAGUCAAUGAAGGAAUGUUAACAGGGGAAAGUGUUCCAGUGACAAAGGCACCAUUGCCAAAUACUGACAAUUCCAUUCCUUGGAAGAUAAACAGUGGAGAGGAUCACAAGAGACAUGUGCUCUUCUGUGGAACAGAGGUCAUCCAGGUUCAAGCUCCUAACAAAAACCUAGUGAAAGCUGUUGUACUAAGAACAGGCUUCAAUACAGCAAAAGGAGACCUUGUACGGUCUAUCCUUUACCCCAAGCCUGUCAAUUUUAAACUGCAUAGAGAUGCAGUAAGAUUUCUAUUGGGGCUAGUGGCUGUUACAGUGGUUGGAGUGAUAUACACACCUAUUGUCUAUACCAAAAAUGGAGCUUCCACAACAGACACUGUCCUCUGGACACUGCUUUAUGUCACUGUCAGCAUACCCCCAGCUCUACCAGCAGCAGUCACAGUCUGUAUAUUAUAUUCCCAAACAAGGCUUCAAAGGAAUGGCAUAUUCUGUCUAAGUGCACAGAGGAUUAAUAUGUGCGGACAACUAAAUAUCAUCUGUUUUGAUAAGACAGGCACUUUAACAGAAGAUGGAAUGGAAUUAUGGGGUAUUGUUCCUUCAGAUAAGAGAAGCUUCCAGGAAGCAUAUUGCUUUACACCUGGGAAUAGCUUUCCAUGGAGUCCACUACUAGGAGGAAUGGUCAGCUGUCAUUCACUGAUCGUCCUGGAUGGCAAAAUACAGGGAGAUCCAUUGGAUUUGAAAAUGUUCCAGUCUACAGGCUGGGUUUUAAAAGACACCGAAAACAAUGACUCACAACUAUAUAAAAUUGUAGAACCUGGAGCAGAUUCUGAACAGGUCCCAGUGGAAGGUAUAGCUAUCCUGCAUCAGUUUCCUUUCUCAUCCAGCCUACAACGUAUGUCAGUCGUCGCUGAAGUUAUAGGAGGUGAUGAAUGUCUUGUUUUUAUGAAAGGAGCUCCGGAAAUGGUGGAACAAUUUUGUAAACCAGAAACAGUGCCAUUAAAUUUCCCUAAAGUACUUGAGGAUUAUACUUUACAGGGUUUCCGAGUGAUUGCUCUGGCAUAUAAAAAAUUAGCUACAAAUAAUGUCCAGAUUAUAGAAAGUUUGGGAAGGGAAGAAGUAGAAUCUAAUUUAGCAUUUCUUGGAUUUCUCAUAAUGGAAAAUAAGCUCAAACCUGAGACAAAACCUGUGCUACAAGAACUUAUGGAAGCAAAAAUAAGGACUGUCAUGAUAACUGGUGACAAUCUUCAGACAGCUUGUACUGUUGGAAAAGCUUCUAGAAUGAUUCCUCCAGGCAGCAACUUGAUUGUGAUAAAAGCCAGUCCCCCAAAUGACAAUUUUUCUGCAUCAAUUACUUGGAGUAGUAGUGAAGAAAUCCAUGAAAAUGGACACGUAGCAAAGGACUUGGACAUCAAUAUAUGUCACCCAGAUAAAAGGAAAAGUUUUCAUUUUGCUAUGACUGGAAAAUCUUAUCAGGUUAUUCUUAAUCAUUUCUACGAAUUACUUCCCAAAAUCCUUCUCAAUGGAACAAUAUUUGCUAGAAUGAGUCCAGGGCAAAAAUCCAGUCUUAUUGAGGAAUUUCAGAAAAUAGAUUAUUAUGCUGGAAUGUGUGGUGAUGGUGCAAAUGACUGUGGGGCCUUGAAGAUGGCUCAUGCUGGAAUCUCUUUGUCAGAAUUGGAGGCCUCUGUAGCCUCACCGUUUACCUCGAAAACCCCCAAUAUUGAAUGUGUGCCAAAACUUAUCAAAGAAGGAAGAAACUGCCUUGUCACUUCAUUCUGCGUGUUCAAGUAUAUAGCAAUGUAUGCUAUGAUUGAACUAAUAUGUUUGAUGCUUCUGUUUUGGAAACAAAAGACUCUUGGAGUUCGUCAUUAUUUAAUGCAAGAUGUGGCAAUCACUAUCACUGUCGCGUUAACAAUGAGUUUAACUGGCCCAGCUAUGAAACUGGCUCCCUAUCGGCCUGCUGGACAGCUCAUUUCUCCACCUUUGCUAUUGUCGAUGAUUUUACACACCAUCUUUAGCUUGAUCGUGCAAACGAUCGCAUUCACUGUGGUCCAACAGCAGCCAUGGUAUCAUGACUUAGAUGUCUUCAGUGGGUGUCUUCCAUUGAAUCACAGUACACAGAAUAUAACAAUAAAUGAGGGUCUCUUAGCUAAUCGAAACUUUUUAACAACCACCAUGUGGUUCAUAAGUGGAAUGAAUCUUAUUAUUGUAGAAUUUGUGUUUUGUAAGGGAAAACCUUUCAGGAAGCCGAUUUACACUAACUUUGUGUUUACCAUUUUGCUGAUCGGACAACUGGUUGCUUACUUAUUUGUCUACUUCGCGAAUAUUGAAUCUGUGUAUCGUAUAAUGGAGCUUGUCUGCACGCCAUAUUACUGGAGGUGGGAUACCAUUAUUAUAGUGGCUGUUCUUUUUGUUGUUUCAUAUCUAGUGGAGGAGGGAUUUAUUGAAAACCGAAGACUGUGGCUAAUGAUGAAGUCAUGUUUCAACUACCGAUCAAGCAGUCAGUAUAGAGUAUUAGAAAGAGCUCUGUGUAAUGACCCAACUUGGCCGCCUCAGAAUAUAACAAAUUUCUCUAAUCAAACAGAACUGGAAAUUGAGGGGCAACGUUUUGUUUAUGAUAACCCAACUCUCGAUUUUAGAACAGAGAAAAACAGUUAGUGGUAGAACUGAGCACCAACUAUAAUUGAUGUCAAAAUUCCAUCUGCAUUGAAAACUGUUGGUACACACACAUCUUGCUUUAAAACAAUUAAAGUUUACACAUUUUUAUUAUCUUUAUCUAUUCACAUUAUAAACAAAUAAGUCUAUACAAAUAUAUUUUUGACUUGCAUAUUUUUGACUUUUGUGUUUGUGUUUAAUGGGGAGGGUCGUCUAAUGUACUAUAUGAUAAAGUGUCAUGCUGAUGUCACAAGAUGUCACUAUUGUUGAAGAUAUAUAUAGAGCUGCAUCCAGAAAGUUAGGCUGUGGCAAGGGCCACUCAGCAAGCAGAAGUCACCUGUAUUGAGCUGCAAGGUACCUUAAACUAGGUACCUGAUAAAGAUGGAGCCUUAGACAUGACGGCAAGGAGUGAUACUCCUUCACGGAGCUGCAAAAGUGAAGAAUUUAUUGCUGUGAGCUAAAAUUCAAGUAAAGUGAGGCACUCUUAAAAAUGAGAGUUGAGAAGUAGAGGAAUUACAAGUGAUGGACAAUGGUAAGAGAGACUUGGAUGUAUUUGUCUUUUUCAUACAGUAUGUCAUUGUCUUAUGUGCAUGCUAUAAAGGGUGUAGUGUAAAUGCUGUGUGUGUGUGUGUGUGUGUGUGUGUAUGUGUAAGAGAAGUGUGCAUGUUGUGUUGUUCUGUUUGUUUCCUUCCUUCUCACUAUUUGAGCACCUUGUAUAGUGUGUUGGUGGCAAGAGUAAAUUAUACCAGAGAGAGGGAUCAUGAAGUGUGAGAGGUACAUGGACAAUCAGAGAUUGCUUUCUGAAACUGUCUACUGGGAGCUCGAGGCCAGAUCUACUUGUCCAUUGAUGUGGUGGGCUGUUUGCCAAGAGUAGUGGCGCAGAGCUUGAGACGAAGCCAUGCAAAAGCAUGCAGUACACUGCAGCUGUAGAAGUAUUUGCUAAGCAUAUUGAGGGGCAUUUACUAAUCUUUUACUAUGUAGUCUGGUUUUUACCCUGUUUUUUUUCUACUUCAUUUUUGACUAUGUGCGACAAAUUUACUAAAUUGUUGCACGGCAUUAAUAAAUUUGGCACACAUAGGCAAAAGUGGGAAAUUUACUUCAUGUAGUAGAAAAAAUAGUCUGUUCCUUUUUCCUGCUGUCUGAAUAGG